GUCUCCGUAGUCCGGAGGUGCUCGCGCAUCGACGCAGGUGACAUGUGUUCAAGCUUUGUCUUUAUCAUGCAAUAUAUUCAAUUGGCAUGCAAGACAUCAAGCAUUCGUCGCUUGAGGAAUUUUACAAUUGGACAAGUGUACGACGAAUACCUUGCGAAUAUUGAACAAGCACCAAGUUGGCGUACGUUCGCAAAUUGGAAUGCCAUUGGAAGCAAGUUCGCUGCCAUAGCAGCUGGUGGCUCUAUCUACGCCCUGCUGCUCAUUGUUCUGGCGGGCCAGCGUACAUUGCUUACAGCGAGCAUCAAUGAGUUUGCAUACUCACUUGCAGACGUUCUUCGAGAUCCCGGCGAUACGGACACAGGGACGAUAGUGGUUCAACAGAUAAUCCCAGCUAUCAACGCGCUCCGAUCAUAUUUUCCCUUGACAUUCGACAGCCUGUUCAGUCCCGACCAGUUGAAGGAACUUGGGCUCGCGACGACCGUGCUUGAUUGCACGGAUUUGCAACAAUCUGAUGUGAUGUUUGACUCUCUGAUACUGAACCGCUUCACCGCCAUCAAGAGGAAUCCUGUAGCCUGGGCGUCUUGCCUAUCGGGUGUACCAACUGAACCCCAAUGCCACGGUGCGAUGUCCCUCGCUCAGAUCAGCCAAGCCAUCUUUCAUCCGGGACAUUGCGGCAUGAAUAACGGAUCCACAUCCGUUACAGUUCUGGAUGAGGACGACGAACCUGGAACGGAACAGCUCGACAACGUGAUCAUGAACCCGGAACUUGUAUCGAACAGCUGCAUUCAGGUUGAACAGUUCAGCCUUAGUCACGACGCUCACCGUUCAUAUCCAGUACCGAGGUCGCACUCGGAAGCAACGGCCUGGACGGAAAAGGAGCGAUUACUCGCGCAAGCUGCACAGAUGCCCGAAACACUGGAGGAUUUGAAGGACAAGCUCUCUAGUAUCUACAGCAACGGUGGGCGAGCGAACUACGAGGAAUACAUCAGGAUAAAGCCUGAUAUUGCCGGAGGGCCCCUUUGUAUCGAUGACAGUGAUGGGUCUUUGAUCGCAUGCAUACUUCCCCACAUGCCCGAAGAUAUGAGAAGGAUGCUCACUGUACACUUGAAAGCUUGCUUCGAGGACGAACCAGAAAACCUGGAAGAGACAGACUCGUCCUCUCAAGGAGAGAGGUACAGCUUCCCGGCUCUACAUUUUUCAUGGUACAACCGCCAUGGUACUAGGGGCCACGAUGUUCCUGUCGAUGCACAUCCCAUGUUGAUCGAGAGAGAAGACACAUCGAGGACGAACUAUAGCCAAAUGCUCCCCUACGAAUCACGAGAGAAGACUAAACAUAUGAAGCUCUACAAUAAUCUCAACCGCAUCUUUGCCAGGGUCUUCGAAUGGAUAGCGGGGCAGAUCAAGGAUGUCCUGCGGAUGGACUACGACGACCUUCGCAUUGACGCGGACAUGUUGCCCGGAAAUGCGCACUCAAUUGUGUAUCCCUUCCUUUCUCUUGUCGUCAACCUCAAUGUCGCCACUCUCGCUCAC